AUGUCAUGGAAACACGUCAUUGUUUCAAAGACAGCAAGGCUGCCGUUCUGGGCCAACUAUGCCAACUACCCGCUGCCUCUCUGGACCCAAACGACAACUGAACCACCACUAUCUGAAAGCAUAGACUUUGUUGGCGCCUUUUCCGUCGGGCGCGCGCCAAUGUUCCGGCCCAACGCCACGAUGAUCUAUCUUGGUUUUUAUCCACCCUACGCAAAACGACUUGUGCUGGUGCACACCGUUUGCCCCAUCAAGCUGAUCCGGUUGCCUACUUCGAGUCUUCGCCUGCGCCGCGAACCACGAUAA